AUGGCGAAGACGCGACGGAAGAAACGGCGGACCCACGUCGACGCAUCCGCCGCCGAACGCGCGGGGGCGAAGGAAUGUCCGCGCGCGUUGGUGUUCGCCCGAGGACGGAAAGCGGACGCGGUGAGCGAUCUGCGGGACGACGUGCGACGGGUGAUGGAGCCGCACACGGCGAAGAACCUGAAGGAGUCGAAGAGUAAUAAAUUGAAGGAUUUCGUCCAGGUGAGCGGACCGCUGGGGAUCUCGCACUUUGUGAUGUUGAGCUCGUCGGAUGCGAACAAGUAUCUGAAGAUUGCGAAGACGCCGAGGGGGCCGACGCUGACGUUUAAGAUUCACUCGUUUUCUCUCGCGAGAGAGGUGGCGGCGACGCAGAAGAAUCCGAGGAAUCCGGCCAAGGCGUUCUUGUCCCCACCGUUGGUGGUUUUAAAUAAUUUUGGCGACGAGGCGCAUCAAAAGUUGGCGACGAUUACGUUUCAGAAUAUGUUUCCGCCCAUAAACGUGCGCAAGGUGAAGCUGUCGACGUGUCAGCGGGCGGUGCUCGUGGAUUACGACGCCAAGGCGAAGCGGUUUCAGUUCAGACAUUAUAGCAUUAACGCCGUUCCGGUGGGGGCGAACAAGAAGCUGAAGAAGCUCUUACAGUCGCGAAACGCGCCGGAUCUCGGGGAGUUGCAGGACGUGAGCGAGUUUUUCGACAAGCGCGUCGGCGACGCGAGCGACAGCGAAGGAUCUGACGACGAGAGUCGUCGAGUGCACUUGACGCAAGAUUUCAACCGCAUCGCUCACGCCGACAGCACGUCCAAGAUCGUCCUCAGCGAGAUAGGUCCGAGGAUGGAACUAGAGUUGGUCAAGGUGGAGGAAGGCAUGUGCGACGGCCGUGUCCUCUACCACGCCUACGUGAAGAAGACGGCGGACGAGAUCAAGACGCUCGAGCAGAAGAAGGUCGAUCGCGAGAAACUACGCAAGAAGCGCCGGCUUGAGCAAGAGGCGAAUGUCAAGCGCAAGAAUCGAGAGAAGGAGGCGCGCGCCGACGCGGAGCGCGAGCGCCAAGGCAAACCGGGCAAGAAGAAAUCCCCGCUCGACGAGUACGGAAACGAGCGCGAUUUGGAGGGUGAGAAAGAGGACGACGCCAAGUGGGCCGCCGCAUUCGAGAAGGAAGAGCGCGAGUGGCGCGAGGGCGACGAGUACGACGCGAAGACAAAAUCCGUCGUCGCCGCCGGCGCGCGUCGAUCUAAGCGACCGCGACGCGGCGACGACUAG